AUGAACGCGACGGAGGCCCCAACAAUGGACUACUACGACUACAUCAUCGUCGGAGGGGGAACAGCGGGUUGCCCACUGGCCGCCACCUUGUCCCAGUCCUUCAGGGUGCUCCUCCUCGAGCGAGGUGGCUCCCCCUACGGCAACUCCAACAUCUCCAACCUCGUCCACUUCGCCGACACUCUCUCCGACCUCUCGCCGGAGUCGCCAUCGCAGCGAUUCGUCUCCGAGGACGGCGUCAUCAACGCCCGCGCGCGCGUGCUGGGCGGCGGCAGCUGCCUCAACGCUGGCUUCUACACGCGCGCCUCGCCGGAGUACGUCAACGCCGCAGGCUGGGACGGGCGGCUGGUGAAUGAAUCCUAUCGCUGGGUGGAGCGCGUGGUGGCGCACCAGCCGGAGCUCCGUCAGUGGCAGAGGGCGGUGCUAGACGGCCUCCUGGAGGUCGGCGUCACCCCCUUCAAUGGCUUCACCUACGACCACAUGGUGGGCACCAAGGUGGGCGGCACCAUCUUCGACACACAGGGGAGCCGCCACACCGCCGCCGACCUCCUCGCCUACGCCGACCCCCAACGCCUCACCGUCUUCCUCCGCGCCACCGUCCAGCGAGUCUUCUUCCGCCCCUCCGGUGAACCCUCUGAAGCAUCAUCUCCCCGAUUCUCCAUGACGACUCUUUGGUUCUCCGGCGAAACUCACUCCCCCUCUCCAUGCAGACAGCGGGAGGCGGCAGGUGCACGGGGUGGUGUUCCUGGACUCGCAGGGAGUGAAGAAGUGGGCUUAUCUCAACGCAGGAACGAAUGGGGACGUGAUCCUCUCUGCGGGGGCAAUUGGGACCCCGCAGCUGCUGAUGCUCAGCGGGAUAGGUCCUGCGGCUUCUCUGCAGAAGAUGCAGAUCAACGUGGUGAUGGACCAGCCAUGGGUGGGGCGGGGAAUGUCGGACAACCCCAUGAACGCCAUCUUCGUGCCGUCGCCGAGCGAGGUGGAGGUUUCCCUCAUCCAGGUGGUGGGGAUCACCCCCUUUGGGAGCUUCAUCGAGGCGGCGAGUGGCGCCAACUUCGCCGCCCACACCGCCCACGGCCAGGCGCCGCGGCGGCGGCGCAGGGACUUCGGCCUGUUCUCCCCGCAGACCGGGCAGCUCGCGACGGUGCCGCCAAAGCAGCGGACCCCCGAGGCCAUCGCCAGGGCGGUCGAAGCCAUGAACGCUCUCGACGAGGGCGCCUUCCGUGGGGGCUUCCUCAUCGAGAAGAUCAUGGGCCCGCUGUCCACGGGCACACUGAAGCUCCGCAGCCUCGACCCAGAGGACAACCCAAGCGUCACCUUCAAUUACUUCGAUCACCCGCAGGAUCUUCGUCGCUGCGUGGAGGGCCUCAGAACCAUCGAGCGGGUCAUCGAGUCCAGGGCAUUCUCUCGCUUCCGCUACUCUUAUCUGCAGGUGGGGGCGCUCCUGAACAUGACCGCUGGGUUCCCCGUGAACUUUCGUCCCCGCCAUGAGAACGAUUCGACCUCCCUCGAGCAGUACUGCCGCGACACCGUCCUCACCAUCUGGCACUACCACGGCGGCGCCAACGCCGGCCGCGUCGUCGACGGCAACUACCGAGUGAUCGGCGUAGACGCUCUGCGGGUCAUCGACGGCUCCACCUUCAACCACUCCCCCGGCACCAAUCCUCAGGCCACCGUCAUGAUGCUCGGAAGGUAAGGCACCUCCCCUUCCUCAGGGGAGAAAGACUGGAGAGUGGGAAGGGUUUCACUCACGGUGACUUCGUCCCCGCAGGUAUAUGGGUAUGAAGAUCCUGCAAGAGAGGUUCAACGGGACUACGGCCUCUCUAGGACAGAAUCACCAUUAG